ACGAGGAGGCCAGGGCGGGAGGUCCCGGGGAAGACGAGAGGACGGGAGGCCGCGGGGAGCACGAGGAGGGCGGCGGCCGCCGGGCAGAGGCCCCGCGCGCGGCGUGGACUCGCCGCGCGGGCUGCGCUCGGCCGGCCCCUCCUCCGCCCUGCGCCAACGCUCCUCGGCCGCGGCCGGCCGGCUGCAGUCAGGUCGCGAUGCCGGGCAGCCCGGCGCCCAGCUCGGCCUCCUCGUCGGCCUCCGACCUGCGGCCUGGCACGGCUGGGGACUGCAGCCUGAGCGUCAGCCUGUCGGCCUGCACGCUGCUCUCCGAGGGGGCUGUGGAGCCCAUGCAGAUUGACGUGGACCCCCAGGAGGAUCCCCAGAAUGCGCCCGAUGUCAACUACGUGGUGGAGAACCCUACCCUGGAUCUGGAGCAGUAUGCAGCCAGCUACAGUGGGCUGAUGCGCAUUGAGCGACUGCAGUUCAUUGCUGACCACUGCCCCCCACUGCGGGUGGAGGCCCUGAAGAUGGCCCUUUCCUUCGUGCAGAGGACCUUCAAUGUGGACAUGUAUGAGGAGAUACACCGAAAGCUCUCAGAGGCCACCAGGUCCUCCCUCAGGGAGCUGCAAAAUGCGCCCGAUGCCAUCCCUGAGAGUGGUGUGGAGCCCCCACCUCUGGACACAGCCUGGGUGGAGGCCACUCGGAAGAAGGCCCUGCUGAAGCUGGAGAAGCUGGACACAGACCUGAAGAACUACAAGGGCAACUCCAUCAAGGAGAGCAUCAGGCGUGGCCAUGAUGACCUGGGCGACCACUACCUCGACUGUGGUGACCUCAGCAACGCUCUCAAGUGCUACUCACGGGCCCGGGACUACUGCACGAGCGCCAAGCACGUCAUCAACAUGUGCCUCAACGUCAUCAAGGUCAGCGUCUACUUGCAGAAUUGGUCUCACGUGCUGAGCUAUGUCAGCAAGGCUGAGUCUACCCCAGAGAUUGCUGAGCGUGGAGAGCGGGACAGCCAGACCCAAGGCAUCCUCACCAAGCUCAAGUGUGCUGCAGGCUUGGCUGAGCUGGCCGCACGCAAGUACAAGCAGGCUGCCAAGUGCUUCCUGCUGGCCUCGUUUGAUCACUGCGACUUCCCCGAGCUGCUUUCCCCCAGCAACGUGGCCAUCUACGGUGGCCUGUGCGCAUUGGCCACCUUUGACCGGCAGGAACUGCAGCGGAACGUCAUCUCCAGCAGCUCCUUCAAGCUGUUCCUGGAGCUGGAGCCACAGGUCCGAGACAUCAUCUUCAAAUUCUACGAGUCCAAGUAUGCCUCGUGCCUGAAGAUGCUGGACGAGAUGAAGGACAACCUGCUCUUGGACAUGUACCUGGCUCCCCACGUCAGGACUCUGUACACCCAGAUCCGCAACCGCGCGCUCAUCCAGUAUUUCAGCCCCUAUGUGUCCGCUGACAUGCACAAGAUGGCUGCGGCCUUCAACACCACAGUGGCAGCACUGGAGGACGAGUUGACGCAGCUCAUCCUGGAGGGGCUCAUUAACGCGCGCAUCGACUCGCACAGCAAGAUCCUGUAUGCUCGCGAUGUGGAUCAGCGCAGCACCACCUUUGAGAAGUCUCUGCUGAUGGGCAAGGAGUUCCAGCGACGCGCCAAGGCCAUGAUCCUGAGGGCAGCUGUCCUGCGCAACCAGAUCCACGUCAAGUCCCCUCCCAGAGAAGGGAGCCAGGGGGAGCUGACUCCAGCCAACAGCCAGUCCCGGAUGAGCACCAACAUGUGAGGGGCACCCAGCGGCCUCCGGGAUGGUUUGCACGCCCUUCCCUGCCCCCUCGGACAUGCUCCUGGGUCUCCUGCCUGCUCACCUUGAGCUUGAGCAGCCCGACCACUGGGUGCUACUCCUGAGCUUCUAGCAAGGCCUCUGUGUGCCCCUCCAACUGGCAGGACCCUGCUGCAGGGCCUGAGGAGGCAGACAGGUGCCAUUGUGGCCACGAAGGACCGGCCCCUGGGCCCCCAUGCCCAGGGAACAGACUGCAUGCAGUGCCCAGGCUCCUGCCUGGCAGCACAGCCCCCCUAGCCCUCCUGUUCAAGCGCUGUUUGGGCUGCAGAGUGUCAACUGCAGAGUACAUUAAAGAGCAGACUGAUGGUU